CCUCAAACCAAAACGCCUUGGAAAUUGUGUGUCGGCAAGUGAUUUGUAAAGCCUGCGUGGUAACGGCACGUGUGGUAACAUAAUAAGUAAGUAGGUAUGGAUAAUAAAAGAAAGAGAUAUUUCAUAUUUGUUGUAAAAAGAGUAACUUUAACAUUUGUUGUUGGAAGUGGAAGGGAAUGCGCGUAGGUAUAAGCAUUAGCCGAAAGCAGGGAGAGAGAUGGAUGGUGAGUGGUGACGCUGUAUUUAUGGUUGUAGACGGUAGAAGAAGAAGAAGGUGUAAAUUAGUGACAAGUGAUUAAAAGAAAGCUUUGAUCAAAAAGGCGUUGUUGCUUCUCUUUCUCAAUCAGACGUACUACUACUCUAAACUUUACUUACUCUUCUAUCCAUCCAUUCAACAAAAGCUUCAAACUUUCAUGUCGAUGGAGGCCCCCGCAACACCCGGCAAUGCUUCUUCUUCUUCUUCCUCUUCCGACAAUAUUUGUAAUUCUGCAAGUUACGGAAUUCAAGCGGCGGCUUCCAAUAUCAUACGGGGGCCACUGACUGGCCUGUUGGAGUAUUCGGGUAUUUUGGGAGGAAGAGCAGGCAGCUCCAAUUCUCCGGAAACAGAGUACCUGCAAGUUGAUAGUAAUGAAUCUUUCCCAGUGGAGGGGGGGGAGGAGGAGGAGGAGGAGGAGGACGACGACGACGAGGAGGUCUCCAUCAGGAUUAUUGGUGCAGAGCACGAGCAUUUCUCUGCUCAUCAACACAUUCCCGCAAAUCCAGCACAUGUAUCGCUAUCGGAUCUCACUAAUUCUGCAAGCACCAGAAGCUACGAUGUCCAGCGCUUCGUCCGCUGGUUAGAGCAGAUUCUCCCUUUCUCUUUGCUUCUUUUGCUCGUCUUCAUUCGUCAACAUCUCCAAGGUUUUUCUGUCACUCUUUGGAUCGCUGCCGUCAUGUUCAAAUCUAAUGAUAUUCUACGGAAGCAGACCGCUCUUAAGGAAGAGAGGAAAAUCUCUGUUCUCCUAAGCAUUUCUCUGGUGUUUAUGCUUCAUGUCGUUUGUGUUUAUUGGUGGUAUCGGGGUAAUAAUCUGCUCUACCCGUUCCUAUUACUUCCCCCUAAAUCAAUACCUCCUUUUUGGCAUGCUGUGUUCAUCAUCACGGUAAAUGACAUUAUGGUGCGACAUACAGCAAUGGCCUUCAAAUGUAUACUUUUGAUACAUUACAAGAAUGGUAGAGGCCGGGAUUACCGUAAACAGGGUCAAAUGCUAACUCUUGCUGAGUAUAUCUUGCUGCUCUACCGUGCUUUGUUGCCUAUACCUGUUUGGUAUAAGUUCUUUUUAAAUAAAGAAUAUGGAAGCCUUUUUUCUUCGUUAACUACAGGGUUAUAUUUAACCUUCAAGCUUACAUCACUUGUGGAGAAGGUCCAAUCCCUAUUUGCUGCAUUGAGAGCCUUGUCACAUAAGGAGGUGCAUUACGGGUCUCAUGCCACGUCUGAACAAGUAAAUGCAGCAGGGGAUCUCUGUGCAAUCUGCCAGGAGAAGAUGCAUGCUCCGAUUUUGCUUCGCUGUAAACACAUAUUCUGCGAAGACUGUGUAUCAGAAUGGUUCGAGCGAGAAAGAACAUGCCCGUUGUGCCGGGCAUUGGUAAAACCAGCCGAUAUCAAAUCUUAUGGUGAUGGAUCAACCAGUUUGUUUUUGCAGCUAUUUUAAGAUCUUCUACUCGAUAAAGAGACCGGAACUGCAGCUGAAGUCAAACAUCAUUUUGCUUUCAAACGUUCUUGAAGGCUCUAACUUAAAUUCCCAUCCCAUUGGUGGUGCUGUUUGUUAUUAUGUUGUAUCCAUGAGGUGUAUAAACUCCCAUGGCCAUUCAUUGUAUGUUUAAACCACAGACGAGUCUUGUCUAUAUAUCUUGUUUAUAGAGCUUUAUACAAAAAUAAAAAUUAAACCUCUUCCUCUA